AACUUCCCCUUGACCCUCCAAUCACCUCGGGCUCCCAUUUGAUUGGAAGGCGGCAAAGGCUUUAAUCUCGCACUAAUUCAGCUGCUUUUGAAGUGACUUUCUCCAGCAGAUCCUGCGUCGGGCGGACUGGCGAGCGGACCUGCGGGAGACACACAGCAAUUCCAGACUACGAUGCGCACACAGCCUCGCGUCUGCGCUUCGCUCGCAUUCUGCUCCGUCCUUUGCCUCUGCCUAUAAGGAUUAUACCGACUUUGCUUUUUUUGGACUCAUAUUUGACCGCCUUUACAAAGAAGAGAUGCGUAUGUAUAUUUUUUAGUUGAGAUAAAUGCAUUUCCCCCCCAUCUGAGCGAGAAUUGGGUCAUGAUCACAUCGCCUUCGGUGUCUGCUCUGAGAAGUGACACUGCUGAUCAGGUGUGGGAGAAGAGCGGCUCUGGGAGAAACGUCUCCAGUAGCACCACCAAGCCCUUUCUGCACCCCGCGCCGCCCUCGGACCCUCUCCGCCAAGCCAACCGUCUCCCCAUCAAGGUCCUGAAAAUGCUUACGGCUCGGGCAGGACACAUUUUACACCCCGAGUACCUCCAGCCUCUGCCUUCCACGCCUGUUAGUCCAAUCGAGUUAGAUGCCAAGAAGAGUCCCCUGGCCCUGCUGGCACAGACGUGCUCUCAGAUCGGGAAGCCGGACCCUCCACCGUCAUCCAAGCUCUCCUCCGUCACCUCCAAUGGAACUACCGAGAAGGAGCCCAAAUCCGGGCCCCUGAAGAUGAGCGAUAUCGGGGUGGAAGACAAGUCGAGCUUUAAGCCUUACUCCAAGUCUUCGGAGAAGAAGGACUCGUCCUCGGGGGUUUCCGCUGGAGAUAAGUGUGGUUUCCGUGUGCCGAGCGCCACCUGCCAGCCAUUCACCCCCAGGACGGGCAGCCCCAACUCCUGCGCCUCGGCGUCGCCGCUGCCGUCCGAGGCCAAGCCGGCCGAGCGGACGGAGGAGAAGAAGGAGCCCGACGGGGGGAAAAGCGGCUCCUCCGAGGGCUCCGGGACCACCAGCGUGAGCCACAGCCGGAUUAGUGUCAGCUGUGCGGGGAUUAACGUGGAGGUGAACCAGCACCAGGAGACCACGCCAGGGUCCAAAACCGUCACUUCGGACUCCUCCUCAGUGUCGUCGGCCUCCUCCGUGCUGGGAUCCGGCCUGGUGGCCCCGGUGUCCCCCUAUAAACCUGGCCAGACCGUGUUUCCUUUGCCACCUGCUGGCAUGUCGUACCCCGGAACCCUGGCGGGACCCUACGCGGGCUACCCUCAACACUUCCUGCCCCACGGGGUCACUUUAGACCCCACCAAAUCGAGCGGCCACCUCAUAAAUGCGCAGUUCGCCGCCGCCGGCUCGCUGGGCUGCAGCAAAGCCGGGUCGAGCCCCCUGGCCGGAGCCUCGCCACCCUCCAUCAUGUCGGCCAGCCUGUGCAGAGACCCCUACUGCCUCAGUUACCACUGUGCCAGUCAUCUGGCGGGGGCGGCCGGUGCUUCCUGCUCGCACGACGCGGCGGCCGCCACCGCGCUCAAGUCUGGCUACCCGCUCAUGUACCCGACGCACCCGCUGCACGGCGUCCACUCGUCCCCGCCGUCCUUCGCCGGACACCCCCUGUACCCGUACGGCUUCAUGCUGCCCAACGACCCUCUGCCGCACGUCUGCAACUGGGUGUCGGCGAACGGACCGUGCGACAAGCGCUUCUCUUCCUCCGAAGAGCUGCUCAGCCACUUGCGGACGCACACGGCGUUCGCGGGCACGGAGAAACUCAUCUCGGGCUACCCGAGCUCGUCGUCGCUGGCCAGCGCCGCGGCGGCCGCCAUGGCGUGCCACAUGCACAUGCCUCCGGCGGGCGGCCCGGGCAGCCCCGGCGCGCUGGCGCUGCGCAGCCCGCACCACGCGCUCGGACUGAGUAGCCGCUACCAUCCGUACUCGAAAAGCCCGCUGCCCACCCCGGGCGCCCCGGUGCCGGUGCCCGCAGCCACGGGUCCCUACUACUCCCCGUACGCGCUGUAUGGACAGAGACUGACCACAGCCGCGUCGGCGCUCGGAUACCAGUGAACAGGACUCGCGGUGCGGAAGAAGCGCUCGUCUAGACUUUUAUACUGAAUGUCCACUUCAGGACCGGAUCCGUGGACCCACUGUAUUUAUUUGUUAGCUUAAAGCGGGACAAUAUAAUAAUAAUAAUAAUUAUAAUUAUAAUAAUAAUUAAUAACGAUACGUGAAAGAGAACUCAAAAAGUGCAUUACUUUUAAACUAGGUAAAGUGAAACCGCCAAUGGUAGAAUACAAAUGAUAGUUUUGGAUUUUUUUCCCCCCCCAUUUCGAUGUUUAUUUGAAAUUGCUGAUUGUACUG